UGCAAAAGAGUAUUGAUUUUACUUUCAUGGCCCUGAGAAGCAGAAGAUCCUCUUAAGGCCAUCUCUCUCACUUUCAUUUAUUCAACAAAAAAGAGAACAAAAUGAGGAAGCGUUUACUGCUUUGUUAUAGAAGAAUGUUUAAGCUAAACAAAAAGAGGAAAAUAAUCUGCAAGGUGUUAGUACUUCAAAAGUAUGUAAGGUCAUUUUGGAACCAACUUGUUGGUUGCUGUAUAGGCUAUAAGUCCAUUAAGUACAGGAAAUUGUCAAGCGACCAUUCCUCUUCCUCCACCACCACCACCACCACCACGAUACCGCCUUCGCCAUCUGGCAGGGCAGUUUCGGGCAGUGGCUUUUCGGGGAGCUUAACCGCGCCGUGUUGUUGUGAUCACUCCAAUGAAUCUUUGGAGGAUCUGGUUGCCUUGAAGAUAUGCAUAUUGGGUGAUAACCAAAUUGGCAAGACAAGUUUCUUGACAAAGUAUGUAGGAAAGGAGACAGGAGAAGAAAGCUGUUCAACAACAGGGUUAAAUCAAAUGGAUAAAAUUUUGUGUGUUAAAGGGGCAAGGAUCUCCUAUAGCAUGUGGGAAGUCCAAGGUGAUGUUUCUGCCUCUACUCAGAUUCCAACCGCUUGUAAAGACUCUGUAGCAAUGUUAUUCAUGUUUGAUCUUACAAGUCGGCGUACACUUAAGAGUGUCAUUAGCUGGUAUCAACAAGCACGACAAUGGAAUCAGACGGCAAUUCCAGUAUUGAUAGGAACAAAGUUUGAUGAUUUCGUGCAAUUGCCAUUAGAUUUGCAAUGGACCAUCGCAAAUCAGGCAAGAGCAUAUGCAAAAGCACUCAAUGCAACCUUAUUCUUCUCAAGUGCAACAUACAACAUAAAUGUGAACAAGAUCUUCAAGUUCAUCACAGCCAAGCUCUUCAACUUACCAUGGACGAUGGAACGUAACCUCACCAUUGGAGAACCCAUCAUUGACUUCUAGACUUACUACCAAAAAAAGAAAAAAAAGAAAAAACAGAGAAUUGAUUAUGAUUGUAGAUGUAAAAAAUUCACAAAAUCUCAGAAAAAGAAAUGAUUCUCAGUCAACCGGUCACUAGACUUAGUUUAGUAUUGCAACAACCAGUGAAAAUUCGGGUUGCCUUCAUAUGACAUCCUACAAUGGCGCAAAUUUUCCUUCUUGUUUCAUUCUUGCAGUAAAUAAUGCCGUUCCAAUAGCUUGUUUCGCAAAUUUGUUAGAAUAUAGUUUGCUACCUUCUAUUCAAAUACAUUGAUAACAUA